GAGGAAAUGAGAAAAUUUUUAUUAAUGUAAAGAAUAUGCAACAAGCAUUCAUGCAUUAUCUCAAACAUAAAUUUGAAAAAAAGUAUGUCUCAAUAAGAUGCAAAAAUUAGAUUUUGGUUUCAUAUUUUUUAACUUUCCAAGUUUAAAUAAUGCAGUUGUUCAGCCUAAAUUGUAUAUAAUAUUUUGUCUUACAAUUUUAUAAAAGGGUCUAAAUAGGUUUUAGAAAUUACUACUAAUUAUCUUCCAGAAAAAAAGCAAUUGGCAACACACUAAACCUUCUUCUACCAGCUGUAUACUUCAUGAUAAUACACAGAGACUGUACAUUUCUUAUCAACCCAACUGCAGAUAAUUUUGUGUGGGAUUAUAGAAAUCUCUUCUAGAAGUUGUUUAAACCACUGAACAGGAUAUUCUGUACUAGUCACAUAUUAUGCCAAUAGAUUUUAUCUAGAUGUUCUGAUUCAGACUCAGUUCAAGCACUUAGUCUAUAAAAUGUUGCCAGAGUUUAAAUAUUCUUUAUUUUUCAGACUUCCUCCUGACCUAACUUGUAAGAGUUUUAACAGCAGUUUUAUUUUUCAUUUCCAGGAAAGAAAAGAGCAAACUGAAGAUGGGACUCUGUGAAAAAUGGAGCCCAUGAGUACACUAGAAUGAAGAGGUGCUGGUAAACUGGAUUUUUGUACUACCUGCUGCUGCUUUGGUGUUGGAAGUAUCAUGGCGCUUCUGGUUUAAAAGGAUUAUCUGGGAUAUCACCGUUGCCCAGGGGAUGCCCCAUUGGUGGCUCCUUUCAUCUCUCCAUUUUGCCCACCAGGGUGAUAUAUACCUAUUUAUCUAGUCGUAUUUGCACCCUUUCAAGCUGCAAGGUGGACAGGAGCUGGAGCAAAUGAUGAGAGCUCACCCCAUCUCACCGCAGCACUUCUGCUUGCUGAUUGUCAGAUAAGUGUUCUAACCAUGUGAGCCACGGCACUCCUAUAAUUCCUGACAAGAUGAGAACCUCAGAUAGAGCACGAGUGCUCCAAACAAUUGCCACUUAUGAAGAGACAAAACAGUCGCUCUGGUGGGCUUAGAGCUCUGGGAGAGAAAGAAACCCCGUCUCUGCUUGAACCAUGGUCGGCAUUUUUAUGGACACUGUGUUCACAUACUUCCUUUCUAAUCACUUUUGGAAUUUGUGCAUUAGCUGCUUUUCAGUUGUUAGGAAUCUUUGGAUCCUAGGCCUGAAAACAGCAGCCAUUUGCAGAAAUUGGAAAUUCAUAUUGGAGGCUGUCUUAGGAACAACCAUUACAUCUACAAGAGAGAGCAUAAUUCUUAUCCUAUCACAGACUCAACCACUGAUUCUACAAUGUCCAGUAUAGAUCCGUAUCAGCAGAUUAUGGUGGAACAUCAGUAUUCACACAAAUUUAUUGUGACGGUUAAGCAAGCUAAAAAUGUCACCAAAGGGGCUUUUGGAGAUAUGCUAGACACUCCUGACCCUUAUGUGGAGCUCUUUAUUCCCACUGCACCAGACAGCAGGAAGAGAACAAACCAUAUCAACAACAAUGUGAAUCCUGAGUGGAAUGAAACUUUUGAGAUAAUUUUGGAUCCCAACCAGGAAAAUAUUCUGGAGAUUACUCUUAUGGAUGCAAAUUAUGUGAUGGAUGAGACUAUUGGUACAGCAACUUUUCCCAUUUCAUCUUUGAAAAUUGGGGAGAAGAAGCAAGUUCCAUUCAUCAUUAAUAAAGUUACAGAAGUCAUAUUGGAGGUAUCUCUUGAAGUUUGCAGCUCUUCAACAGACCUCCGUUUCAGCAUGGCUCUGUGUGAUGAAGAGAAGGACUUCCGAGAGCAGCGGAAAACUAGAGUAAUGCAUCAUCUGAACAAGUUAUUGGGAGCUGAUUUGGCCUCCAUUCGUGAUGUGCCAGUAAUAGCAGUCUUGGGAUCUGGAGGUGGAUUUCGGGCAACUGUGGGAUUAUCUGGAGUAAUGAAAGCACUGUAUGAAUCUGGAAUUUUAGACUGUGCAACAUAUAUUGCUGGUUUAUCUGGAUCCACAUGGUACAUGUCAACCCUGUAUUCUCAUCCAGAUUUCCCGGUGAAAGGGCCAAAGGAGAUAAAUGUUGAGCUGAGAAACAGUAUUAGUCGCACCCCACUGAAACUACUUACACCCCAGAAAGUGAAGCGAUACAUUGAAGCACUCUGGAAAAAGAAGAGGUCUGGGCAGCCUGUGACAUUUACAGAUAUCUUCGGAAUGUUGAUAGGAGAAACACUGGUUCAAAAUAGAAUGGAUAUCACUUUAUCUCAUAUGAGGGAAAAAAUCAACAAAGCACAAUCAGCUUUGCCGCUUUUUACCUGUCUUCAUGUUAAACCUGAUGUGUCAGAACUGAUGUUUGCAGAUUGGGUGGAGUUCAGUCCCUAUGAGAUUGGAAUGGCUAAAUAUGGGACCUUCAUGACUCCCAAUCUAUUUGGCAGCAAGUUUUUUAUGGGCACAGUAGUGAAAAAAUACAAAGAAAACCCUCUGCAUUUCUUAAUGGGUAUAUGGGGAAGUGCAUUUGCUAUACUGUUCAACAGAGUGAUUGGGGUUUCUAACUGCCAAAAUAAAGGACCCACAAUGGAAGAAGAACUAGAAAAUAUCAGGUUGCGACAGAUUGUAAGCAAUGAUUCAGAUAGUGAUGAUGAGUCACAGGGGCCAAAAGGCUCAGAAAACCCCCAUGCUGAAAAAUCUCACGAACAGAGCAGCCAGGAAAGCUGGGUUCAGAGGAUGUUCAUGGCACUGGUAGGCGACAGCGCCCUUUUCAACACCCGAGAGGGCCGGGCUGGCAAAGUCCAUAAUUUCAUGUUGGGUUUGAAUCUCAAUACUUGCUAUCCGUUAUCCCCUUUCGUUGGUGUCAGUACUCAGGAAUCGGUGGAAGAUGAUGACGUGGAUACUGCUGUAACAGAUCCCAAUGAAUUUGACAGGAUAUUGGAACCUCUUGAUGUAAAGAGUAAAAAAAUUCAUGUUGUGGACAGUGGACUUACUUUUAAUUUGCCGUAUCCACUUAUCUUAAGACCACAGCGAGGAGUUGAUCUUAUUAUCUCGUUUGAUUUUUCUGCUCGCCCCAGUGAUUCUAGUCCUCCUUUUAAGGAAAUUUUACUUGCUGAAAAAUGGGCCAAAAUGAACAACCUUCCUUUCCCGAAAAUAGACCCAAAUGUGUUUGAUCGUGAAGGAUUAAAAGAGUGUUAUGUCUUCAGGCCCAAAAAUCCUGCAUCUGAAAUAGAUUGUCCCACGAUUAUUCAUUUUGUUUUGGCCAAUAUCAACUUCAGAAAUUACAAAGCACCAGGUGUUCCAAGAGAAACUCAAGAAGAGAAAGACUUUGCUGACUUUGAUAUUUUUGAUGAUCCUGACUCACCAUUCUCCACCUUCAACUUCCAGUAUUCAAAUGAGGCUUUUAACAGGUUGCACGAUCUGAUGGAGUUCAAUACCCUUAACAACUUAGAUGUAAUCAAAGAAGUGAUAACAGACAGUAUUGAAUAUAGAAGGCAGAACCCAUCACGCUGUUCUGUAUCACUCAGCAAUGUUGAAGCAAGGAGAUACUUCAACAAAGCUAAAAUCAAUAACCAUACAUAAGGAUUAAUGUGAGUUUUGCUACUUGGAGCCAAGGAUCGUUGCAUUGAUCAAAUAGACUAUAUGCAGACAAGAAUACUCUGGAAAUGAAUCAUUACAAAAUAAAGGAAUCCAAUUGCAUCCAUGAUGUUGAUGAUGAAAAUGAUAGCAGAUUUAUUUUGAGCUAGAAACCAAAUAAUACAUACAGUAUAAAUUCCAAAAUAAGACAUAAAGGAAGAAGGAGGGAAAAAAAAGACAAAGUAAAAUAAAAUAGAAGAGAAUUCAUAAAUAUCAUAGUAAAUAAUAAUGUUAAAAUAAAGCAAAAUAAAAAAAUUGGUUCAACUGGUUUUUUUCCAGAUCAUAUUAAUAUUUGACCCAGUUAUUCUUGUAUAUUUCUCCUCAUUCCUUUAAAACACUUCUCCCAAGCAAGGUUCCCCUGAAAUAUAUUGAUUUAUUUAACAUGUUCGAAGCUGUACAGUAAUCUUAGUGUAGUUAAAGGCUUAGUUGAGCAACCGUUAUUUUAAGAAUACAGUGCUUUCAUUUCUGAUGUGAAUACUUUGUGGUUGUUUGCUGUAUUCUAAGUAAAUUGUUUCAUGAAAGUUUGUUCUUCCCAAUUAUAUAAAAAUGUUCGUAUCACUGUGAAAUGAGUGUUAAAAAUCUAAACCUAUCUCCACCAUCCAUUCAUUGAACAACAUCAAAAACAAAAUGAGGUGGAUAUUAAUAUAUUGCUUGGUUUUUUAUUUUUGUUUUGUUGAAUUUUAUAUAGUUGAACAUAGUGGACUUUUGAUUUAGUUUAAUUUAGUUAAAGGACAGGGACUUUUUAAAAAAGUGUUUAUUUCUUUUUAAGUAAAGUUGUAGAUUCUAUAAAGGAAUUUAAACUAUUCAAACAAAGGGUGGCUUCCUUUCCUAGUUAUGGACAUAUUCACAAUUAUAUAUAUAUAUAUAUAUAUUGCCAAUUGAGCCUUAAAAUAUUGGAAACCAUUCUGCAAACCACUAGUUAUUUUUAAGCACUAUAGAUUCCUUUCCCCUUCCAUCACACUCCUGUCCCAUACAACCAUCUGUCAUUGUUGCAAUCUAAUAGUGUGUAAUUUUAAAUCACAAUGGGGGAUUAUUAUUUUUUUUGCAUAACUUGAUCCAUGAAUCUAUGCCUUAUGAUAAAGGAAUAUAUUAUGGCUUGCUAAAUACCUCCAAUUUGGUAUUGUGUAUGAACCACACUAUGAAAUCAUCAUUCUAUAUUUAAUUAAUGGAAUGUGUGAGAUAUUUCAGAGCCAAACUAUAGCCAGUGCUUCCCAGGUCAUGCUCCUAUCUUUUCUCUUGCUUCUUUGGUGUAUAUAGUUAUCUUCCCAUCCAAGUAACAAACAGGAAUAUAGAGAUGUGCCCUCUGGUAGAACAAUGUCGCUCCUCAUGAACAGAUUGCACCAUCUGUUUUAGUUACGGAGUUGCCUUCUCAAACAAAACAGAAAAUCCCUUUAUAUUUUCCUUGCUGGUUUGUGCUUAUGCUUGUAAAUCUUGACAAGAUGGGCUAUGCUAGUGCUUGGUGCCUGAAUAAUUAAAUCUGGAUGAGCAACUCAGUCCAGCACUCAGGAAAAAACUACAGAUUACAUGCUAAAAGAAUGACAUUGAAUUGAGCAGGUAUAAAAAUUCAGUACAUAAAUAAAAUGCUAAUGGGUAUUUCUUAGUGUGGGUUUGUGCCUCAAAUCAACUUGAUUUCUAGUGACUGCCUGGAUAACUCCCCGCAGUUUUCUUGGGAAGGUUUUUCAGGAAGUGGCUAGCUAUUGCCUUCUUAGGGCUGAGAGUGACUUGCAUUAGGUCCCUCAUGUUGAAGAUGGGAUUAAAACUGAUGCAUUCCAAUUUCUAAACUGAUCUUUUAAGCAUCUCAAAUAGUUUAGAGACCAAGCUAUAUCCACUGAACCAGAAAUGUAAUCCAAUAUGCAAUUAUACAUCUUGUAUGCAACCUCCUUGCUGAGGACUAAAAAUCUGUUCAGAGUUAAUUUGUCCCUAUUUCUUUUUUGCUCCAGACACCAAAGAGCACCAAUUGAUUCCCACAAGAGCCUUUACUUCCCUUAGUAAUUUUUCCCACUUCUCUUCCUACACGAAAGAGAAUUUUAAACCCUUACGGUGGCCAGACAUUACACUGAAGCAUAGUACAUAAUAUGUACCUGCAAUGACAUUUUUGCUGUCUAACGUGUAUUGUUCAAGUGCCGGGAACAUGAGAAGUUACAGUAACUGCAUUGCUUUUGACUGGAAUGUUGUGAAGUGAUCUCAUAUUUGGGCAAUAUACAUUCUUAAAGUAACAUGAUUCUCUUUGCCAAGUUUGCAAUGGCAACUAUUGCAAAUAUGUAUGAUCAGACCUUUCCUACUUUUAUGCCAUUUCAAAACUAAUGAUCCUUGGCUGUUAAAAUGCUUUGUUUCAAAGCUUGUGUUUAUCUCAGAACAAAAAUAUUAAUGCCCCUGGAGACUGGAACAAAAGAUCAAAUGAAGGGUCAUGCUUUAUAGCUUUGUUUUCAAGAUAGAUUGAAUGAGAUAGCAUUCCCUAAUGGAUGUAAUCCAGUUACUUCCAUGGUUGAUCAUGAUUUCACUUCAGAGAGUUUAUGGUGAGCCAUGUACUAGUGCCCGCCCCUUAGUCUCUGGUUCUAAGAAAGUUUUCAGGAUGUUUUUGCUAGAAAUUUAUUCUAGUUUUCUUCUUUGUUUUGCAAACAUGUAUAAGCAUUUAAAUAGUAGUAUUUCAUUCUGCAAAGCUGGGAUAUAUUCACAUUUUUUUUUGUUUUUGCCCUCUCUUGAUUUAGUUGUUACUAAAUGUUUAUAUAUUAUAAACAACAGGGAUUCUUAAUAAUGUUCUGAAUUCAGCCAUAGAUUUUAACAUUUAUAUUUCUUUUUUUUUUUAGUAAAGUUUUAUUUUCAUUUUCCAACAACUUAUUCAAUAUAAAGUCUCUUAUUCAACAUUAGUCAUUAACUUUCAUUUGUUACUUAUUCGUACCUGCCCAGCUACCACUUCCUUCCUUAACAAACCUUUCCUCCUCCCUUCUCUACUUUCUUCUACUUUCUUCAUCCUUCCUCUCCUUCGCUUUUCUACAUCCUCUCCUCCUUCCCUACUCUUCUCUUCCACCCUUUCUAACCCUCUCUCUUUCCCCUUUCUUCUUCCUCUCCUUUCCCCCUUUUCUACCUCUCUCUUUCCUACCUACUUUCUUCCUUCA